AGGAAAACUCGAAAAGCAGGCCUCGUUCUUCUCUGACGAGUUCCUUGUCACUCGCGCCUGUCGCAGGAGCACGAACGAGUCUCGUGUGAUGUCGACUCAUCGAAUUGAGUCAGGCUACAAUUUUGGAUUCGGAAGAGCUAGUUCGCAGACGCAGUGCUUCUGAUCGGUUGGAAUAACAGCGCAAAAUUUAGGUUGGUGUUUAUUGGAUUUUGAGCUGAGGUAAUGGUUUGCGCACUAGAUUUCAGACAGUCGGUCGGUCUGUCAGUGACGCUGGGAGGCAAGUUUUUUUGUCGUUCUUUGUGCGGUCAAUUUGAGGACGAGGCAGAAAGAGAAGGGACGGAGCUUUUGACCGGAGGAUGGAAGUUGAAAGUUCGAGUGGUGGCGGACAUGAUUGUUCGGAGUUACAGUCGGGAACUGUUGCCACGGAGCGGACCAGAGAAUUUGAUGAUACCAGCGCAGCUCUUGCAGAGAAGCUGUUGCAAGGAUGUGCUUCGCUCAAUGAUCAAUGCUCCCAAUGUUUGACUCAUGGUGCCGUAAACAGCAGGCUGCAGGAUCAUGCCCUCAACAUCGACAAUGACAUUCUCUCGAUCGCGAGUCAUCAACAGGUUGUCAAAGUUGAUAAAUCGAAAGUUCGUCGAGUGGUGCCAACGUGUAUUCUAUCCGAUGAUUCCAAGACUUUCGACUCAGGAUCUUGUGCUCCAUGCCAGAACUUGGACAGAAACCUGGAAAAGCAGGAGCAGAUGGCAGUGGUUAAAGAAAAUGUCUUUCAAACUACUGCCAAUCGUGACGAAUCUCUAGCAGAGGAUUCCAGAGUAUGUGUUGACACGCAGGCGGAAAACCUCCUUCAGCAUAGGGACACGAUUGUUAGAGUUGUCAACCUUGUUGAAGAACCUUGUGAAGUUUCAGAAAUCGCUGAGGCUGUGAGAGAUGUAGUUGUCGACUCCUCAUCGGGUGGCAAGACUUCAACGCAGAGUCAAGGUGGAGGAGCAGAAGCUCUUGUUCUUUCUAAUUCCAGAACAUCUCUCACCUAUCUCUCCAGGCCGCCAGACUGCAAGCCAGGGGUUGAUGUUCAGCUGGCUGAGAAGCCUGUGAUGAAUAUAGAACCUGCGGGAGAAGCAUGCGAUGGGGGUUCUUGCCCACCGAUUGGAACAGCAGAGGAAGUUAAAAAGACCGAAGAAGAAGAUCCGACGAUUGGAGUCAGUCUCUGUGUGACUGUCAACAAUUCGUCACACGAUAUGCUCAACCCAGUUGUAGAAGCAAAGGCAGUUUUACAUUCCAGCUCAAGAUUGAUGGAUUCAAAUUUAGACCUUGCCAAACGAAAUCUCGACACAGAUCUCCUGGAAGGAGCGUCACAGAGUUCUUCUGAAGGGGAUUCUCAAGAAGAUGAUCUUGAUGAUGAUGAUGACGAGGAGGAAUCCGAGGAGACUUUCCACACCAGUGAGGGGUCUUUGAAGGAAGAGGAUAUAGAAGAACUCGUUGAACUACUCUUGGUGGCUGAAAGCGAGGCAACCCAUGCUCAAGAGAUUUUGGAGGAAGAAUCUCUUCUUCAGUUAAGGAAUGAAGUUGAAAAAGAGCUGGGCGAAACACUCUCUGGAGAGGAGUUGAAGUUGGCCGUGGAAGAAGAAAUGACAGCCUACAUUGAGCAAUGGGAGGACAUCGCGGAAGAAAUUGAGGAAAGAAGUGCCGUUUUACAGGAGAAACUGGAAGACGCAGGGGUGAGCUUGACACAUCUAUUCAAGUGGAUUGAGAAGCAAAUUCCGGAAGUGUGCACUACGGAGGCGUGGAAAAGGAGAACUCUCUGGGUUGGGCAUGAGCCCACUGAGGAGGUUGAGAAGGUUUUGAAUACUGCAUCGGAAGAACUCAAGAUUAAACAUCCCACGAGAAGUCACCGAGGGAAGAUCUUAGAUGAGGGGGCAAGUGGUUUUUUGGAGAGAAAACUAGCUGAGGAAGAAGGAGGCUUUGCCACGCACGAAUCUUCUCAAGAUGAUGGUUGGUCCAAAGUCGAGGACUUUCUGGAUAACGAUGAGAGCGCUGGGCCAGGACAGCUGAUGGGUACAAAACGUUGGGCUGCUGUCUACCUUGCCUCCACACCCGAGCAAGCAGCGCAGCUGGGCUUGACAUUACCCGGUAUUGACACUGUGGAGGAGAUUGGGGAUAUAGAGACGGGGAAGGGAGCUAUUUUCAAAGCUGCUCUUAAGAAUGAACGCGAGCGAGGACUGACCGAGGGACAGAAAAAGUCUAUUAAGAAGGUAAGAGAGGAAGACGAUGUGAGAAAAAUUCGAAGGCGGCAAAAGCGUUCGAGACAGAAGUCUUUGGUAUCAAAGCAUGUCUGCACUCUUAGAAAGUGUUUACCCGAUGUGAAAGACAAACGGCCUCCGGGGACUUCAUUGGGAGAUAUUGUUACAGCAAAGGAAGCAGAUAACGUACCUAUAUUCGAAGAUUCCAUGUCGAUUUUCGGAAAGGCUUCGUCAGAAAAUGUUGUUUCCAACACUAGCACAUCUUCUGCGAAGUCUCGACCAAAGUGGAAGUCAGAAGAUGUUACUGAGGUGAUAGACCUUCUAAGUGAUGAUGAGUCUGAUCACGGUGACAUCCGCAGCACAAGGAAGCAGUUGAAUUCUCAUCCAUUUGAACCAACAAGAACAGAACCUUCCCCAGAUGGAAACAGGAAUGUUGUCGCCACCUUGAAAGUCGAGGCCGGUGAAUACGAGCCUAUUCUUCACAUUUUAAACGGGAGUGGAGAUGCCAGGAAUGGGCUGCUCCAUGAACCUGCAGCAUCCCGGGAGAAUCUUGACCUGUCUAUUGUCGAAUGGAAGGCUAGUUCCAGACUUGAUGGUGAACUUGCUGGUCCUUCCUCUCAGUCGCCUAUCUUAAGUGAGGAAGGCUCAGGCAAGAAACGAACCUUUGAGGGAUUUUCAGCGGGGGAUGAUGAGGAAUCUAGCUCUAAAAAGUUCAAAUCUGUUUACAUUGUAGAUGAAUCGGGGCUAGUCAAUGAAACAAAAGUAGAAUCUCCUGUCGAGUCAGAAACUGAGUUGAAACAACCUCCUCCUGAACAUACUUCGAGUAAAAACUAUUUAGUGAGAAGGACGGUUGUGAUCGAUAGUGAUGGAGAGAGGGAAGUUGAAGAGGCCUUGACAGGACAUCCGACGUCAAAGGACUCUCCAAGGGGAGAAGUCACUUGUGAUACAAAACAAUUGGUCUGUUACGUGAAGGAUGAGAGGUUAGGACAUGAAGUUAUAGAAUCGUCCCUGACCCACGCGGUUCCAGCGCACCCAGAGUUGGACCGUGUUGAGACGUGGCAAAUGCAAGCAAAUGGUAGAAAGAGGAAGGCCAGAUACGAAAGUGAUAUGCGAGUGAAGUGCACUUCCUGUCACCAGUUAAUGAAGGUUUAUGAGGUGCUUAGGCAUCCUAAUCCGAGACUUCCCGUUGCAGUAUGCAAGAAAUGCACGAGGCAUUAUCUAAGUGGACCUUUCAGGAAGGAUGAGGAUGGAUCAGAUUCUGAAUGCAGCUGGUGUGGAGAAGGAGGGAAGGUUGUUUGCUGCUCACGUUGUGAUAAGGUUUUCUGCGAAAACUGCAUUACAAAGAACUUUGAUGCGAAAGAGUAUGUGAGGGUUUGUGCUGACGAUUAUUGGUUAUGCUUUUUCUGCAACGAUACGCCGUUGGCCCAUCUUACCCAAGAGUUGGUAACGGCCGAGUCAGAAUUAGAGCGAUUAAUUGCUGGCGAUCGACAAAUUGUGUAUGUUGAAUCUGACGAACCAACUAGAUAUGAAGAAUCUUCUCUCAAAUAUACAAAAAGAGGAAGGCAUCGCAAAAACAUACGGAAGAUGCUCAGUGAUGACGAGCUGGAAGAGAAGCAAAAGGAGUUACUUGCUCGUGAGAAGGAACGCCAAGAACGUUUGGAGCAUUGGCAAUCAGUUUCUCCUGUACCACCCCACCAAUUUCUUGCUUCAAGAGAGAUCUCUCAACUAGAGAGAGAGACUGUACCUGCAGAAUAUGAAAGUCAACCUGAGGUCACCAUCGUUGGCUUGCCUAUCAAUGCUGUCAGAGAUCCGGACGAGGAACCAAUCUUUAUCGCUCCAAGCUUCGCUGACGUUUUGAAACCCCAUCAGAUUGAGGGAGUCCAAUUUAUGUGGCAGAACUGCAUGGAGUCCCUGAAGAAGAUUAAAAAUGAUCCUGAUGGUGUCGGGUGCAUCUUGGCCCAUAGCAUGGGUCUUGGAAAGACCCUGCAAGUUAUCACUUUUUUGCACACAGUACUGACUUCAGAGCUUUUAUGGUUCAAAACCGCGCUCAUCGUAGUUCCAGUAAACGUUCUGCAUAAUUGGAAAAGAGAAUUUGAGAUGUGGCAAGACAAUCUACAUAACCCCAUUCCGGUGUACAUACUUGAUGAUUCAAUACGAGAGAACUCUCGGCGAGCUCAGUUGUUGAUUUCGUGGCAUAAAGGAGGGGGAGUCAUGCUCAUAGGUUAUUCGGCUUUUCGAAAUCUUUCUAAUGGAAAGCAUGUCAAGGAUAAAGUAACUAGAGACUCUCUUUGUGAAUCCCUCCAGAACCCAGGUCCUGACAUUUUAGUCUGCGAUGAAGCUCAUAUGAUUAAAAAUGGGAAAGCAGACAUUACCCAGGUUUUAAAGCAAGUGAGGAGCAAGCGCAGGGUUGCUUUGACAGGGUCUCCACUUCAAAACAACUUGAUGGAGUAUUAUUGUAUGGUGGACUUUGUUAGGGAAGGUUUUCUGGGAACACCUACAGUAUUCAAGAACAGGUUUCAAAAUCCUAUUGAAAAUGGUCAACACUGUGAUUCGACCGCAAGCGACGUGAGAGUGAUGAAGAUGCGCGCUCACGUCCUCAAUAAAACCCUGCGGGGAUUUGUACAGCGCAAGGAUUCCAGUGUCCUGAAGGGUGAACUACCUCCGAAAUGUGUGUAUGUGAUAUCUGUGAGGCUCUCAAAUCUACAGAGGAGAUUGUACGAGCAUUACCUCCAAAUCCAUGGAAUGAUGCACGAUGAUGACGAAGCUUUGGAGAAUAAGACUCAUCGGCGUCUACUCUUCAAUGCAUACCAUUCGUUCUCCAAAAUAUGGAAUCAUCCAGACCUUCUUCUCCUUGCCCAGGAGGAAAAGAUUCGUAGACAACAAGAAGACUCUUAUGAUGAAUUUGCCAAUGAGUCGGAUGAAGAGAAGUUGAGUGAAACUGAUGCAGCUGGAGGCAACACAUCUUCAUGCGCUGACGUGAAGCUUAAGUUUGGCAUUGGUAAUCGUUCUUGGAAGAGGAAAGGAGUUACUGACCACGAUGAGCUUGAAAAUUCUCUAUGGUGGAAAGAUAUAAUGGAAGGUUCUUCCCGAGAAGACGUGAACCUUAGUGGUAAAAUGGUGUUGCUACUAGAACUGCUGUCGAUGAGUGCAGCUCGAGGGGAUAAGACACUUGUUUUCAGUCAAAGUCUUGGCACUCUUGAUAUUAUUGAAAAGUUCAUGGAGACGAGAUUAUUUUUACCUGCAGAGGGUAGAUAUUGGGAACACGAUAAACAUUGGUACAGACUUGAUGGAAGCACACCUGCUGCAGCUAGAAUGUGUAUGUGCGAAAGGUUCAAUAACCCCACAAACACCGAUGUCAAGUGCGUGUUAAUUUCAACUCGUGCUGGAUCGCUCGGUAUAAAUUUACCUGCGGCCAACCGUGUGGUCAUUGUAGACGGCUCAUGGAAUCCCACUCAUGACUUGCAGGCGUUGUUCCGUGCGUGGAGGUUGGGCCAGAGAAAACCAGUAUUUGCAUAUCGACUUCUCGCGUGUGGGACGAUGGAGGAGAAAAUUUAUAACCGUCAGGUUGCGAAGGAAGGAGUAGCUGCGAGGGUUCUCGAUAAGAACUAUCCUGAAAGGAUUUUUAAUGGAGAUGAUUUAGAGUUCCUCUUUAGGUUGGAGCCAGAUGACGACGAUUUUGUUUCCAAAGAAAAUGAUGGAUAUUCUUCGGCACUGGACACUUCAAUGGAACAUGCAAGUACGUCGUCUUCUAGUGGCCUCUUGUCCAUCGUGUCGGCAUCAAAAAACAAACUAUCUUCUUUUAACGUUCCUGAUGACGCGCCACCAGUGGAUGAUAUCAUGGGCAAGUUACUCCUUGAUCAUCGUCCGCGCUGGGUCGUGAGGUAUCACGAGCAUGAACCUCUCCUGGAACACCAGGAGAAGGAAGAUCUGUCUGCAGAGGAGAGACAAUAUGCCUGGUCAUCAAUAGAGGUGGGAGCACAGAAUAAUCCACUACAGAAUGUAGUGACAACUGUUGCAUUGAGUGGCUACUAUCAAUCCUUGGAUGAUCUAACUAUUGUUCAUAGUACCCCAUCUGGUCACAGCCGGCCUUCCUGUUCCAGCAAAGACCAUGCUGCCCUACUCAGCGAGUAUAAAGUAGAGGUCAGUGAGCAGAUCUUGUGCAACUCCUGUAAGCAACAUAUUUCCUGGAACGACAUAUCUACAGGUCAUAAAAAGUUUCUUUGAGGUUAGAUGAUCAGAAUAACGGUAGUCUAUGUCUCUCAUUUUUCCAGUGUAACGUACCAGAUGAUAUGUUAAUUCUGAGGAUGGGCGCUCCUUCUUCCACAUGAUCUAAAUUUUCUGGAUCUCGGUGAGGUUAUUUUCACUGGAAAGGUUCCUAGAUGGUGUGUAAGGUUUCCGAACUCAGUACUUCCCUUAUUACAUUUCUUGUCAGGAUUAAUAUGUGUACAGCUCAAUGUAGAGAUUUUGACAUAUACUGUUACCCACUUAUCGGCGUAUGUUGCCAGUUGGGAUAUUGAAUUUUGUAAUUCACUUAAUAGAUAUCAUUUUACAUUUUUUAUCUUGGG